CCUCUAGGGAGGACCCAAUAGAACAUUGAAAAAUCCGUUAACUCGCCAUCAAAAUUCAAAACCCUACCUACUUAUCCUCCCACUAGUCACCUACUUCUACUCGAAACUUAAUUCUCCUUCAACAAUCUCAUCUCACUCCACCAUUGUUAAUUUAUUGACCAAAUUACAUAAAAAGUAUAAAAACAUCAAACUCCAUUGCAUCAUACUAGUAUAACACAAAGUUCAAAACUUUUAUCAUUGCAAAACACCUUCAUUCAACAAAGGAUUAUCAAAAGCGGAGAAAACAAUGUUGUGGGUGAGAUCCAUACGCAACACACUUAAACCCCAAAUUGUGGGCUUACAUUGUUGUUGGUACUCUUCAUCAUCGUCUGCUGCAGCAAUUCAAGCUGAAAGAACUAUUAAAGAUGGUCCUCGUUUUGAUUGGACUCGUCCUGAAAUUCAAUCUAUCUAUGAUUCUCCUGUUUUAGACCUUCUCUUUCAUGGGGCACAAGUGCAUAGACAUGCUCACAACUUCAGAGAAGUUCAACAAUGCACUCUUCUCUCCAUUAAGACUGGAGGCUGCAGUGAGGACUGUUCAUAUUGCCCACAAUCUUCACGACAUGGUACUGGAUUGAAGGCGCAAAGAAUGAUGAAUAAAGAUGCAGUCGUAGAGUCAGCAAAGAAGGCAAAGGAGGCUGGAAGUACACGAUUUUGUAUGGGUGCUGCAUGGAGGGACACAGUAGGAAGGAAGACUAACUUCAACCAAAUUCUUGGUUAUGUGAAAGAAAUAAGGGAAAUGGGCAUGGAGGUCUGCUGCACCUUGGGUAUGCUGGAGAAACAGCAAGCAGAGGAUUUGAAGAAGGCAGGUCUUACCGCAUAUAAUCAUAAUCUUGAUACCUCAAGAGAGUAUUACCCAAACAUCAUUACAACUCGAUCUUAUGAUGAGCGACUCCAAACCCUUGAGUUUGUACGUGAUGCAGGAAUCAAUGUUUGCUGUGGAGGAAUAAUCGGACUCGGAGAAACAGCCGAGGAUCGAGUAGGUUUGUUACAUACAUUGGCUACUUUGCCUUCGCACCCAGAGAGUGUUCCAAUUAAUGCACUUGUCGCUGUAAAAGGCACUCCUCUUGAAGAUCAGAAGCCUGUUGAAAUAUGGGAGAUGAUUCGGAUGAUAGCAACAGCUCGCAUAGUAAUGCCAGCUGCAAUGGUGAGGCUAUCAGCAGGGAGGAUACGAUUCUCAGUGCCUGAACAAGCCUUGUGUUUUCUUGCUGGGGCAAACUCCAUCUUCACUGGUGAGAAGCUGCUAACCACUGCUAAUAAUGACUUUGAUGCUGAUCAAAGCAUGUUCGAGGUUCUUGGGCUGAUUCCAAAACCUCCAAGCUUAGAUGAUGCAGAAGCAGAUGAUGCCUGCAAGGUAGCUGCAUCUAGUUCAGGUUAGAAGUCGAGGCAAUGUCUUCAAUUUGUAGGAUGCCUGGCUAUUGUUUUUUUUUUAUUUUUUUAUUUUUUAAGUAAUUGUACCUCUAUAUAAGUUGUUUUGUAACCCCUUGUCCCAUCCCCAUCCCAUUCCCUCCCUCUUCAUUUUUUUUAGUAGGUAUAGAUUGGAUGUAUGGAAUUGAAUUGAGUGUAUUACGUUGUUAUGUAGAACUCAAGAAGUAUAAAGAUUCAGAAGGUCAAAUUUAAUCGUAAUAUUUGUGAA